UGGAAGGACACACAAACGUACACGUAAUGCAUUCCUCAUACAUUGCACUGGGCCACUCCCUGACAUGCCCGGCCAAACAGAAAGUGAAGUGAAACCGAGUGCAGUUCUCCGUAUCACUCCCAUAGACGCGGAUGCUACCUUGGAGCUCCGCCAGUCCAUUUUGUGGCCCAGUCUUUCGAUUGCAGAUGUUCUUCUCGCUGAAGAUGGCAAUGGUCUCCAUUUUGGAGCUUUCGUACCACAUCACGGAAAGCCCAUUGCCGUCAUCUCGUUAUUUGACGAACCCUUACCGGAACAACACCUUGUAAGAUGUGGGAAUGAUAGCCCUUCUCAGACAAAGGCUGCGCGCUUUCGUAAAUUUGCCUGCGAUCUGAUGCACCAGAAUCAAGGCAUAGGGACCCAGUUGCUUCAACAUGCGGCUGAAGCAGCUCGAUCGACGCUAGGUGCAGGCAUUAUUUGGUGUGAUGCCCGGACAUCGAGUAGUGCCUGGUAUAAGAAACGUGGAAUGAUCGAAUUUGGUGAUCCGUUCUACAAGGGAGAUGUGCAGUAUAUUCGGAUGAAGAUGUCCUUGGACGCAGAUACUUGCAAGACCAGUGCGUAUAACGCCAUUUAGAUGUACCACAGCGCCGGGCCGUGACUAAAUGAUAAGCGUAAUUUGAAUGCUGUCCGCGAUGACUGUCAUACAGCAUAUUGCGUUCCUUGUAUGCGUUAUGUAUCUUUGUCUUUUCAUGACGAACAGAGGCUGUGACAGCAUUGAUGCAAGUUUCCAUUUGCAUGAUCAUCCCGUAUACCGGAUCAAGCUUGAUCUUCUAGCUAGUUCCGCCGUGUAAUGUUUGGAAGAUGCUUACCUCAUUUUGCUUACUCACUCAACGACUUCGACAGCAGGAAAGAUACUGAAAGGUCCGACAUUUCUCGCCUCAAGCGCUUCUAUAGGCUUCUAUAAGGCGAAUGACAUUCAAGUUGGAGAGCCACCCCAAC